GGCGCACUUUGUUAUUCAAGGCUCGAGUUUAAACCGGAAGUUAGACUCGCGCGAGCGCGUCCAACAUGGCGACUCCCAUGCAUAGACUGAUCGCUCGAAGACAAGCGGAGGCAAACAAACAACAUGUUCGUUGUCAGAAGUGUCUGGAAUACGGACACUGGUCCUACGAGUGCACUGGGAAAAGAAAGUACCUCUAUAGACCUUCCAGGACAGUAGAGUUAAAAAAGAAACUCAAAGACAAGGAGAACAAUCCUUCAGAGGAUAUGAGACCUGGAGUAAUACCACGCAGUGAGAGAAGAACUAAGAAAAAAAGGUCCUCCUCCAGUUCCAGCAGCAGCAGUAGUGAUUCGUCCAGCUCUUCCAAUGACUCUUCCUCGGACAGCAGCGGUUCCUCGAGCUCCUCGUCCUCAUCUGAAGACAGUAGCAGUGACAGCGACGACAGCUCCAGUCCUUCCUCCUCCUCCUCGUCUUCCUCCACUUCUGACUCCGAUUCUGAUUCUUCCAGCAGUUCUGAUCAAGGCCCUCCCAAGAAGAGGAAAAAGAAGAAAUGAGGGUCCAGUUAAUACAGAACUCGUGUCAUAAUAAGUGAGAGUAGGGUGGGGAGUCGUGUAUGUUAAGAAAUUAAGAAAUAUAUAUGUAUAUUGUCAUCUUUUUUUGCAUAAUGUGAAAAUCAAACACAUCCACUGUUACAUUUUGUUAUUUACAACUUUUUCUUCUUUGUCUAGUGGUGUCUGAAGCGAUUUGUUUUCUUCUGUCAUGUUUUUUUUU